CGUGUGUGUGCGCGCUCGUGUGUUUAUGUGUAUGUGCGUGUGCUCCCAGCCCGACUCGUGUGUGGCUCCGAUGCUGCAUAUAAACCAGAAUCCACGGCAGUUAUUUUUGUCUGAAGGCAUCUUCAUAUUCCGCAUCGCUCCCUUUGGAGGAGUUUAUCACACUCAUCCUGACUGAGACGCGCCUACAGCUCUCCGGUAGAUGAUGCGAACAUUUUAGGGCAGACAAGUCGACCACCAAUGACCAGGAUGGAAGCAAGGAUUUGGUGACCCGCUUGCAAUAUGACAGGUCAAGUCCUGAGGGAACCUGGUGACGCCGCCAUUCGUAUCAACGUGGGAGGCUUCAAGAAGCGUCUCCACUCAGACACACUCUCCAGGUUCCCGGAGACAAGGCUGGCGCGUCUCCUCCUGUGCCAGUCGAAGGAGUCCAUACUGGAGCUGUGCGAUGACUACGACGACACAGAGAAGGAGUUCUACUUCGAUAGGAACCCUGCACUUUUCCCAUACGUGUUGAAUUUCUACAACACGGGUCGGCUGCACGUUAUGGCUGAGUUGUGCAUCUUCUCUUUCAGCCAGGAAAUCGAGUACUGGGGUAUUAAUGAGUUUUUUAUUGACUCCUGCUGCAGCGGCGCUUAUCACUGUAGGAAAAUGGACCAGGACAGAGCGGAGUCGGACGACAGGAGCGAUGAAGGUAGCACCACUUCGUCAUUCGACGAGCUUAUGGAGUUUUACAAUGACGCCACUAAAUUCGACAAGCAGCCGCUGGGGAGCACGCGCAGGCGUGUCUGGCUAAUGCUGGACAACCCGGGCUACUCCGGGGCCAGCCGCAUCAUCAGCCUCCUCUCCAUCCUGGUGGUGCUCGGCUCCAUCGCCACUAUGUGUAUGAACAGCAUGAGCGAGUUUAGUCUGGUGGACAGCGAGGGGCAAACCACAGAAGACCCCCGCUUUGAGAUAGUGGAACACUUUGGCAUCGCUUGGUUCACCUUGGAGCUUGUGGCCAGGUUCGCCGUAGCGCCGGACCUGGUGCACUUUUACGAGCACCCUUUAAAUGUUAUCGACUUAGUGUCCAUACUUCCCUUUUACCUGACGCUUGUCGUUAAUCUUGUAGUGGAGAGCAGCCCCGCACUCGCCAACCUGGGCCGCGUGGCGCAAGUGCUUAGACUCAUGCGGAUUUUCCGGAUACUGAAGCUGGCACGCCACUCCACCGGGCUGCGUUCUCUGGGGGCCACCUUGAGGAACAGCUACAAGGAGGUGGGCCUACUGCUUCUUUAUUUGGCAGUGGGGGUGUCUUUUUUCUCCGUCAUGGCCUACACAGUUGAGAACGAAGACAGCGAGGAUCUGUCCACCAUCCCAGCGUGCUGGUGGUGGGCCACGGUCAGCAUGACAACAGUAGGAUAUGGAGACGUGGUGCCCUUAUCUUUAGCGGGAAAGCUGACAGCCUCAGCUUGCAUCCUGGCGGGGAUUUUAGUGGUAGUGCUUCCCAUCACGCUCAUUUUCAAUAAAUUCUCCCUCUUUUACAAGAGACAAAAACAGUUGGAGAUCGCGAUGCGAAGCUGCGAUUUUGACGAGGGCAUAAAAGAGGUGCCCUCGGUCAACCUGAGGAACUAUUACGCACACAAAGUUAAGUCUCUUAUGGCAAGUCUGUCAAACAUGAGUCGGAGUUCACCCAGUGAACACAGUCUGAACGAGUCGAUACACUGAAGGUGGUUUUGUAUGAUGAGCUGUCCCAGGUGCUGAAACAUCCAGCGCAAUAGCUAUGUUGGACAUAAGGUUGCAAAGUGGCAGUGAAUUACGGGUGCACAUUUUGUGGGAAGUUGAAUAUUCCUUGCUCAAUCUAUAUAAGAAUUAAUGGGAAUUAAUUGGACAAUUGGGGUGAUUUAUAUGAACUGUAUCCAAUAUAAUUAUACAUUUUGUUUCAAAUAUAUGCAACAGUAGGUAAUAGGUAGUUAACAAAAAUAUAAGGUUUUUUUUUUUUUUUUGCAUUUUAGUAAUUUUUUUUUUCAACACCCUUUCCUUUAUCAGUGCCCUAUCCAUUUUUAUACAUGCUUUAUUAUUUAACAUUUAAUUUAAACAAAACACAUUUUUAAUGACAAAAUGUGAGCAAACAAAAUCAUGUACAUGUCAACAUGUAAAAAUAUAUAGUGAGAAUGAAGGAAUUAAAAAAGCUCUGCUUUUCCUACUCUUUUUGGACAUGUUGAAUGGUCAGUAACUGGUCAAGCAUCCAUCCAUACAUCCAUCUACUUCCGCUAAUCCGAGGUUGUGUUGCGGAGGCAGUAGCCUAAGUAGAGAAUCCCAGACUUCCCUCUCUGCAGUCCCUUCGUCAAGCACCUCCCUGGGGAUCCCAGGGCGUUCUCGGGCCAGUCGGUAGACAUAGUCUUCCCAAUGUGUCCUGGGUCUUCCCCGUGACCUCCUACCGGUCUGACCGAAACACCUUCCUAGGCAGGUGUACUUAAAGCUCCUCCCGAAUGACAGAGCUUCUCACUCUGUGUCUAAGGGAGAGCCCUGACACCCGACAAAGAAAACUCAUUUCGGCCGCUUGUACCUGGGAUCUUGUCACUCAUAACAGUAGGUGAGGAUGGGAACAUAGAUCGACAGGUAAAUUGAGAGCUUUGACUUCCAGCUCAGCUUCUUCUUCAACACGAGGGAUCAAUGCAGGGUCCAGACGCCACACCGAUCCGCCUUGACUCAGACUUGGAGGUGCUGAUUCUCAUCCCAGCCGCUUCACACUUCAAACUGAUCAAGAAUGUCCGAAAAACAAAUAAACCAUACCAAACAAAAAACAGCUGAACUCCUUUCUAAAUACAGAAUAAUGUAGAACACCAUCCUCCCUCCCCCGAAUAAUAUGCAAAUGAAAGUGUACAACAAGCAGCUCAGAUAAAAAAAUAUAUCUUAAUAUAUUGCAGCAAUUAGUAUUUCUCUUUUCAAUAUGGCCCUAAUGUGUCAUAUUUAAUUUUAUGUAUAAAAAAACAAACUCAGCACAUUCAACACCCCUGGCUUAGAUGUAAAGCAAUGUAGUAUAUCAACUAUACACCUGCUCAUACAACACAUCGUGUUGUCAUUAGCAUACAUGCAUGAUGAUAUACCUUGGAUUUAUUUGUGAGUACUAUAGCACUUAAAUCAUAUUUGAAUGAACAACAAUAAAACACUUGUUGCCAUCUUAAUUUCAUUCCCCUACUUCAAAAAUGUGACAUCGAGGGUGUGCAGUUUCAAUUGUGUAGCUUUAUGUAGGGACUGCAGUUUGUUAUUAAGGUUCUCUAUAAACUAACCUGCAGUCAUUGCAUUGAAAAUCACUUGUAUUCCAUUCAUUCACACAAAUUCAUUUUAGUCCCCAUGGAAUGUUUUUUUCACCAUUGAAGAUUCCUACAAUUCUGCAACCCUACCUGCACCUCUCUGUAGUGGCGUGCAAUAAACCUUUGUGUCCGUUCUCGGUGGAAAUAACAGCAAAUAUUGUGAAGCUUGAGUAUAACAUCCCACUGUGCACUAACAGUACUUGACAAAAAAUAACAUGAAAACCAUGUGUGGUUGUUUUCAGUCUGAUACAUGUAGUCCACCAUCUCUUCUUGUUGUAAUAGCAAAUGUAUGGAAAGUAAACUGUACCAGAUCAGUCAAAUGUGAUUUUGUGAUUUUGCAACGCAAUGACAUCAGAUGUGUGUGUGUGUCAUAUACAAAGUGAAUUAAACAAGUAAAAACAUGAAUUUGUUUUUCAUUUUGUUUCACUGAAUGCGGACAUUUGGGUCUGACACAUUUUGACAAGCAACAAA